AUGUUAUGUAGUUUUGUCGUUGCGUAACAGUAAUUAUGCACAAACAUAUUACACAUAACACAGGAUCCAGAUUGUGUCACUAGGGCAGAUGCAUAACGCGGGUGUGACAUAAUACUUUACGAAUAAUUCACGCAACGUCCACACCUUCCCGAGAUGCAGAUUGGUCUUGCUGCAAUUCUCACCGUCGACGAUCUGCAAUUUGUGUAAUUAUAAUAAUUAUAAUAUUAUUGUAGUAUAUACCAUGAAUAUGCGAUUUGCUAUCCUUGUUAUGGGGACAAUCAGCGUCCUCGUCCAAGCUGCCAAAAAAUCCGAAUCUCCGCUGUAUCCACCCUCACCGGAAUUUGGUUAUGGCCAGUUUUCCCGGCAAUUAUGUGGAUUUCCUAAUGAAAUUCCGGGACUUAUUAACCAUCGUCCAAAAGACAUACACGGAUUAUGGCACACCUACCGGCAAGUGUUACCCGGCGGGAUACACAUGACCAACUCGCGGGUAUUCAUUUACGGCAUUAAAUCCACGGUGGUGCCCUUGACCGAUAUCCCAGCAGAAUACCAGUGGCAAGUGGGCGCGGCAUAUUUUGCACCGGACAACACCUGCCAUUAUGGCUUCUGGGUAGGACCCGUGGGGCGGGACGGAAGUCAACUGUUCGAUGAAUACUUAUCGGAUACCGGCUACGCACCAAGCGCAUCAAAUUUGGUUGCCCUUCUAUAUGACUACAACAAAUUCUCCAUCGAUUACGGUUGCGCUAAACCCAAUCUGCGCACCGGCUUAUGCGAGCAGCCGGUGGUGUUCGUCAACACACGGAAGCGGCCCAGCAAGAUGACGUACAGCGAGAAGGCCGAAGUGGACCGCGCGAUCAAUUCCGUGUUCACUCCGUACUGCAUCAGUGCGGAGGACAUCCCGCUGCAGACCUUCAACGAUGCCAAGCCGGAUUGCACGUUUCCCUCACAGCCCGGAUGUGUCGCCAAGAAAAUACAAAGCCUCUACGCAUUACAAGAGGUCCCGGCUAAGAUAACAGAAUUCAGUGAUCACUAGGAAUCUCGUUCCGAAAAUGAAAUAAUUAUUGUACUUGUGUACAUACUAAGUAGUUUUUUUGUUCUACAUGCAAAAUGCAUUUCAUUCGACUGAUCGUAAAAGAAAAAAAUGUGUCAGAAAUUAAAGAGGA